AUGGCUGACGCAUUGGAAGAAAGCUUAACGCUUGAAGACUUGGAAAUCAGUCAGAUAGAGGAGUUAGCGACGUUGCCUAACGUUUACAAUAUUACAACGUGUACAUGCCGUGGCCAUUGUCUUCGAGAAAGGGGAAGAAACUUUUGUCCGUGUAAGAGUCUUAACAAGUUUUGUUCGAGCGCUUGCCACGGCGACGAUUUCGGCGAGGCUUGCAUGAACAGUCGAAGGGUCAAUGAGAGUGAUAGCGACAGUUCAGAAGAUACGACGAUAAGGAUGAACUCUUAUUCGGUUUGUACCGUUUAAUAUAUAUAUAUAUAACAAGAUAAAUAGACACUUUACAGACCACAUUUUUGUACUAAUUGCAUUUAUGGUAAUCGCCGGAAUCAUUAUAAAUGCAGACCAUGUGAUGUUUACUUUAUAUUAUGAAGUAUUUGAACUUUAUAUUAUGAAGUAUUUGAACCGUAUCUAAAUAUCAUUAAAAUACGAUCUCGGCGUCUGGUCUGGUACAGAUCAUAAAGUAAACUGAUAUGUAUAUAUAUUUAAUAUAUAUAAAUAUGAUUGCUGAUACUGAGUGUCUGCAUUCGCUUGUCAUUAUAUUAUUAUCAUGAAAUAGCCAAAUAUUUUGCAGUUUUUAUAGAUGUUCAAUCAUGGAACUUCGUUUAUAUUCUCAAUAGUAAUACUGUGCCUGAAUCUCGAGUCGACCUAUGGCUGCAAUGUGGAAUCUAACUAUUAAUUUGAAUUUGAGAUUAUUUUGUUCUAUUUUAUUAUGAUAAAAAAUUUAAUACUGUAUGUCAGGCAUAAUCAAAGGCAAUGGAUACAGUAUAAAAUAAUCUAAGACUUGUAACAUAAUGUCGUUUUGCAACCAAUUGAUUGUUAUAGGGCUCCAACUUCUCUUUGCAAGGAAGAGAUGAAGUUGAGUAUGACAAUGAUGAAGAGCUUGACUAUGCUGGCCAUGAGCUGAAUAAUAAUGAACAAGGACGGGGCAGAGGACGGGGCAGAGGACGGGGCAGAGGACGGGGCAGAGGACGGGGCAGAGGACGGGGCAGAGGAAGGGGCAGAGGAAGAGGACGGGGCAGAGGACAAGAUAGAAGACGGGGCAGAGGACGGGGCAGCAGACAAGGGAGAGUUGAAGGUGCAGAUUCUUCACAAGCAAGACCAAGAAGAGGUCGCAGACAGCUUGUGCCUGAAGAAAAUGCAGCACAGAAUCAGGCCAAUCAUGAAGAACAAUUAGUGGUAAUGCUUUAUAUUUAGUAAUUUAGUGACAAGGCAUGUUUUUCACACACUGCUGGGGGACUGUGUUUAAGUGGGCACCAGGCUGUCCGAGAAACUUUUUUGUUUGCCUCGUACAGUAUCAACCUGACUUACUUCCUGCCGACCCCAUAACAGAAGGAAAGUGUUACUAAAGAGUUAUUCCUUUAUAGUAAUUUGAUAUAAGCUAAUAAGCAAAAACAAAGAAUUUGUGUUUUGAAAAUUAGAGUAUGCACUUUCAUUUGUGAUCAUUUACAGCAUUUUUGCUGUAACAAAAAAAUCCAUGUUACAAUUAGAUACUAUUUUCAUUAUAUCAGAAUAGAGUAAUAGACCAAAAUAGAUUUAGUACAAUAAUUAACAACUAAUAUUUACAAAGUCAAUAAUGUAAAUUGAUACAAGAAUAACAAGAUAAAUAUAACAACCUAAAGGUUGAACAAGACAGUUGGCUUAUCCUUAUGACAGUAAAUUAAAUAAUUAAUAUAUUACACAUUGAAGACAAUUAUCUUUUUAUUGUAGAAUCUUGUGGAGGGCCUUAAUGUGGAUGAUCUGAGGAGGUUGGCCUUAGAGUUGCUACGACGACAACCAGCAGCAUUUGCUGACAUAGUUAAUGGAGAACUUGCUGCUGGAGAUGGGUUACCUGCAGAUCCGCCAAAUCCCCCUCCAAAUGAAAAUGUGCCAGAGUGGUGCAAGUGUGGGCAUUGUGUUGCAGUGCCGUAGCAAGCUCGAUAAUUGGGGGGGGGGGGCUGAUAUGCAUAUAUUCGUGUUCACAGACCAUAUAAACAAUCGAUUUCAAAAGAAAUUAAUAACGCAGAACACGAAUAUAUGAAUAUCAGCCCCCCCCCCAAUUAUCGAGCUUGCUACGGCACUGUGUUGUAAUGCCUACACAGGAAGAAAACAAGUCCCAGCGGGCAAAAUGACGUUUAUCCAACGUUGAAUCAACGUUGGAAAUGACCUUCCAGACGUUGGAUAGACGUUGAAAAAGGGUUGACUAUGCAAAUUGGAUCGACGUUACUGUUUCGACGUUGAAACAACGUUGAAAUUAGGUUGCCAAUCUCGUCAACCAUAAUUCAACGUUGAAUCCACGUUAAAACAACGUCGAGAUUGGUUCACAAAUCGACGUCGUACAUUUAACCAUGAAUGAACGUUAAUUCAACGUCUGUUGGCUGCUGUUGAACCAAUGUUUGUAAAACAACGUCAGAGCAACGUAGAUAUUAGGUUGUCGACGUCGCAACCUUUUUUCUACCAAAUUUCAACGUUGAAACAACGUCGUGUGCCCGGUGGGGUGUUGUACCCAAUCAAGGCGUGCAUGUGUCACAACAACAUCGUUCCUACAGGUUGUAUUGGAUGCUAACAUUCUUGACAUUGCCAUGCGGUACAGGGAAGAUGUGUUGGUUUUAGACAAUGCCCGUAACAAUGAAAAUUUUCGUCAUGCAGCUUACAGGCAGUUUGUCCUUUGGCAACAUGGGCAUUUAGGAAGAGGCAACAGAAGGGUUGUGCCUAGUUGUUGUGUGACAGCUAUACGAGCCCGUUACCCUUCUCCUAAUGGAAUUUGUACUGGUUAUAGGCCAGCUAGAUUGUAA